AUGGACUUGAACACAAUCAAGAAAAGAUUUGAGUACACAUACUACUGGGGCGGUGCAGACGUCCUGGAAGACAUUCUAUUGAUUUUCGAAAACUGCAGAGUCUACAACAGUCCGGACUCGCCCGUGUUUAAAGCUGCUGUCAACCUGUGCGAGUGCUUUUGGCUGCGCAUGGCGAAAAUGCAGCAGGAAUUGCACAAUGAGUGUAGGGCUGAGGCCAAGACCAGGCGUCCGUGGAAGGCAGCCAUUUCAAAAACUUCUCCAUUGCCGAAGACCCCGCGCCAGGAAAAGGCUGUCAUUCCAAUGAAUACCAAGGUGGAAAUCAAGAAUGGAAAUCAGCCAAAGGCAGACGAUCCACUGCCUUCAUUUGAGGCCGUUCCCAAUCUACAUCCGAAUCGGCACCAUGGCAAACAGUUCACGCCCGUGACACCGGCCCGUCGUGGUCGUGGCCGACCUCCAGGGUCGCGAAGUCUGACCCGAGCUGACGCCGAUAAAAAUGCUGUUAUCUCGCACGAAUUUCCAGAGCUUCAGCGACCCCCAAACCUUCUUAACAACUACGGAACUCAAGUGAAAAUCGACCCACUCCCAGUCGAACCAGUCCUUGAUCGACUCAGCAUAACGGCUAUCCUGAUGCCUUUAAAUCUGAAGAUCGAGCGCACAUACAGCCAGACCCUGAUCAAGGCUCUACGUUGUUGUGCGAACUCUUGGCCAUUCAACAUCUCGUCGAUCUGGAUGCAUUAUGGAGAAAAUCUAGAUAAUGACUUCCAUGAUGAGCCUCUGGAUUGGGACAUACUGGAGAAGAUGCUGGCGGGCGAGCAGUUUAAGGGCUGGGACUGGUUUCUGACUAAGUUACACCGAAUGCUGCAGAACGCAAUGUCCUGCUUCACCGAAUGCCCAUCGAUCCGCAGAGCGACACAGAGGACCUUCGAAAAGGUCGUGGAAAUUAUACCUGAUUAUGAAGGACGCAUGGCUCACGUAAAGGCGACGGCUCACGAAGCGGUUCGUUUGAAAUUGGACGCCAUGACACCAUCUCAAAAAGAGGAACUCCUUAAAUAA